CUGGCGGCCGUUUCCUUACUGAAUUUCCUCUUCAAUUCGUACGCCAUUCUAAGUUUUCUAAAAAUCCGGGAAACUAUUGGCAGCCAAGUUGUUUAUUUAAAAAACGCCCUGUUUUCAGGCGGCCGCCGCACUAGUCCGGUUCAAGUUGAAGGCAAGCGAAUAUUAUUUUUAGCCAGUAGGCCACAGCUAAGUGACAUCGUGUUGUGUCUAAAAAUUUUGUUUGGCUGCGUCUGCAAAUAAAUCAAACCGAUUUCGUAUCAAAUCUUGGGAUCAAAAUCAGCUAGAGCAGAGAUGCCCAUCAUUCGGCUGGAGUCUGCGGACAAGGAGAUCUUCGACACGGAUCAGGAGAUCGCCAAGUGCUCGGAAACGAUUCGCAUUGCAAUAGAGGAUAUGGGCGAUGAGAGCGACAACAGUGUUCUUCCUUUGCCGAAUGUCAACUCGCUGAUCUUGAAGAAAGUGCUCCACUGGGCCACCUACCACAAGGACGAUCCCGUGGUUACCGAGGAGGUUGAGAACAAGGAGAAGCGCACGGAUGACAUCUCAUCUUGGGACGCUGACUUUCUCAAAGUGGACCAGGGCACGCUGUUCGAACUGAUCCUCGCGGCCAACUACCUGAAUAUCCAGGGUCUGCUCGACGUCACCUGCAAGACGGUGGCCAAUAUGAUCAAGGGCAAGUCGCCGCAGGAAAUUCGCGACACCUUCGCCAUCCAGAAUGACUUUCUGCCACAGGAGGAGGAACAGGUCCGCAAGGAGAACGAGUGGUGUGAGGAUAAAUGAAUACCAUCACCUUACCAUGACGAAAUUAAAGCUUAAAUUUUUUGUUUAA